CAAAAAUUCGCUCGGCUGGGAUUCCUGAAAAGUAGUUUUGUUUUGCAACUCAAUCUGAAGUUUCCCUUCUCUGAAAGCAACGGAAUUCGAAUGAUGAGCACGUCAAGCGGAUUGGCAUUAAGACUGCUCGUAGUCAGUUUCGUUUUCGACAUCAUCGACGUCGGCUAUUGUGAGCAUUUUCGAGGAGGGUCGAUGUCAUGGAGAGCAACCGACAAUGGGGAUGUCGAGAUCAUGUACCGACUUGCCUGGAAAGCAGACACGGACGAGGGAGACCACAACUGCACUUUCGCCCGGAUCUCCCCGACCAACACCCUGGUCAGUGGUGAUUCAAGGGGCAUUCGGAUCCAGUAUCCGAACGUCCCGGAUAGCAUCGGCUAUCAACGGCAUCGUCUGGACUAUUAUUGCACAACAAGGCAUGAGGCUGCGGAUUAUCCGAGUAGCCUGGACAGGAGCUGGGUUAUGGGAGAAAAUACCAAGAUCAUCUCGCCUCCAAAUGGACGUCUAGACUUUGAUCUAUUAUGGGACUCGUGUUGCUGGGUACAUAGUCUGCAGAACUACGCCCCACCAAAGAGCUGGGACUUCGUCAUGUCUGUAAACCUCACGGUACGGAACGACACUGGAGCCAUAAACCACGCCCCUAUCACCACUGGUCUACCAGUACAGAGGAUCAAUAAGGGGUGCACAAGAGCAGUUCUUAAUAUACCAACUUAUGAUGCAGAUGGUGAUGAUGUAGAAUGUCGCUGGGUCGACGGCACCAGAGACGUGUCCGAGUGCAGGAGUAAUUGUGAUGCCUGGCCACGAUCUCAGUGGGUUCUACAGAAUCGGCCACAAGGCUGUCGCCUCAUCCUCCCGCGACUUCGCACCAUGGAUGCAGGAUGGUACGCAGUGGCCAUCAUGAUCGAGGACUCCUCGAACGGCGUCGUCCACAGCAAGGUCCCUUUCCAGUUCAUGCUGGAGGUCACAGGUGAUAUGACCUGUUCGAAGCCAAUCAUCAUUGGGCCGUCGGCGGAUUCCUGCUGGAUCCUUAGAGUGGGACAGACGUUUCGAUUCAACGUAACCGCACAGACCCCGACUAACGAAACGAGCAUCCGACAGAUUGCCACGACCAGCGUCCGGGGAAUGCAGAAGAGCCCCCUACGACGGGUUCCAACCAAACCUCUAAUGGCUUACGUCACCAUGUCUUGGACACCGACUGAUGAAGACAGACGCGUGGCUCUAUUCUGCUUCCAACCAGAGGAUAAUAAUGGAUUGCAAGGAAAUCAAAGGUGUAUUGACAUUUCUGUAGGAGAUGAGCGUGCUCCGGUGCCUAGCCCUUUGUUCUCCUUCCCUGCCGCCGGUUUUCCUGUUCGUCCAGAAGGGACAGCUUUCGAGAUAGUCUUUGACGAUCUGAUAACCCGCCCUCAACAUACAACCGAGAUUCAAAUCCUUCGAGCCGACGACCAUUCCUUGGUUCACGAGGUCAAGGUCGAACCCGAACCAGGAGACAAUCUCAUCUAUGACUACGACGCCAUCUUGUUUAGCAUUCCUUACGGUCUUCUGGUCGAAGGCACCAACUACACUCUUAGCCUGCCGGAAGGUCUGGCGAGGGGGUACAGCAGUUGUGAGCCCUGGUCCAAGGCGGCCUCGUGGGAUUUCUACGUAGGAUCAGAUUCAAGAGGUACUACCCGACCGCCAAGCGAGCGUUUCCUUCCACGACCGCAGUGCUUCGGGACUUUCAUGCAGAUAUUCAUCCCGAAGACAAUCGUUCCGUUUGAGGACCCGAACAACAUGCACUUCAACGAGCCAACGUGCGUUGGGCGGGAUCACAACGGCACGCAUUUCGUUAUGGGGACACACUACCAAUACUGCGGAACGCACAUCGAUUCAGGACGUGGCAAGUCAAUAAUAUCAAACACCAUUCGGAUACCGACUAUGACAAUACCCGGACACCCGGCGGUUACCCGACACAACGCCACGGCGAUCAACGUCAUCUGCGAAAUGGACAAGGAUAAGGUUACGUUUGUCGAGUUCGAUGCGGAUCUACCCACAGUGGUUUAUAACCGAACCGGUCAUGGCGCGUUCAAUUUCUCACUGAAGAUGUAUGAGGAUGCACCUUACGACAGAAAAUACGGAUAUUCUGAUUAUCCUCUUGAAGUCGAUCUUAAUGAUCGGCUAUUCUUCGAGGCAAAGGUCCUUCUUCCGGAUGACAAUACGUUACCAGGGCAACGCAUUUUCUUGAGGUCUUGUGAAGCCACGCCCACUCCCAAUCCGGCUGACCGGUUGUAUUACCGCUUUAUAGAAAACGAUUGUGCUAUGGACCAUACCAUCCAAUUCGGACUACAAGGACGCCUGAAGACACGGUUCUCCAUUCAAGCUAUAGCCUUUAUGGGACACUUCAUGAGCGAGUCGAUCUUUGUUCAUUGUGAAAUACAACUUCAGGACAGUGCGAGCGAACGUUCCUGUCCAGUGUACAGUAUGCCGAGCAAUAGAAAGCGUCGGUUUGCGGAUACGUACAGCCUAUCGCACGCUCUCUUUGGUACAGAUGGACCAAUCAGAGUAGUUGCUGAGAAGGGGCGUGGCAAGUCUUUCUCUGAUCCAGAUAACAAGAAGCCUCUGUCCCAGAGCCCUCUUGGUUCCGUCUACGUGUCAGUGAGCGCCCUCAUCGUUAGCCUCAUCCUCGUAGCCAUUCUCGUUUCCAUGGUGACAGUGAUGCGGAGGCUCCAGAUUCAGAACCGGAGGUUGGGGAAGUUCGUGGGUAGCCCCGGGAUCCCGCUGGACUCAAUCACCGAUCGUUAGAAAUACUGAAGGAAAAUAAUGAACUCAGAGUUCGUUCAAUAUUAAUAUGGCUGAGUUUUAUUUUUUUUUUACUUUUUGAAUUUAUAUGAUUUCAUAUUCAUAAGAUCAGAGCUUGUGGCAGUGGAUGCUUUAUAUAGAUGGUGA